AUGGCGGCCUGGCUGAGGACACUGGCGGCGGCGCUGGUUACGAACACUCGCUGUGGGGGGCGGGGGCUCCGCGCUCACCCCCGAGAGCCACCGACUCGGGGCUGCACCAACUGCCGGGGCCCGAGCCCCGGCCCCGGGCCCCAGCCCCGCCCGGGGAGCAGCCCGAGCCCCGGCCCCGGGCCCCAGCCCCGCCCGGGGAGCAGCCCGACCCAGGCCACAGGUUCCAUUUACAAGUCAGUGUUCACCAUUGAUUAUUUGGUGGCUUUGCUGCGGCAGGAGAAUGCGAAGGAUAUAUGUGUUAUUAAAGUGCCGGAAGAAAUAAAGUACACAGAUUAUUUUAUCAUCGUGAGUGGAACUUCUGCAAGGCAUUUGCAUGCCAUGGCCCAUUACGCCCUUAAAGUGUAUAAACAGUUAAAGACAGAGCAGCUUCCUCAAGUCAACAUGGAAGGAAAAGAUACUGAAGACUGGAAAUGUAUAGAUUUUGGUAAUAUUGUGAUACAUUUCAUGUUGCCUGAAACCCGGGAAGUCUAUGAACUGGAGAAACUCUGGACUUUGCGUUCACAUGAUGAUCAGUUGGCGAAGAUACCCCAAGAAAUGUUUCCGUCUGAUUUUAUAUACGAACCAACAGAUGUGGGCCAAAAGGAACAAUCGCUUCCCAGGGCAGUUUUGGGAGAAUCCACACGUGAAGCUGACAGCAACAGCAGGACCUUGUUUUGAAAAUAAAAUUGCUCGACAAAGCCAACAGCUUGACUCGUUUGGUUUUGCUCAAGGUGUUUGAUUUUAUAAUCGGACAAAGAAAUGAACGACAGUGCUUGUGAGACUCUUGAUUGGGGAGAUGACUCUGCCACUGAAUGUUUUGAUCUAAAAUGUGCAAAAUGUUGAAAUAAAUACACCAAACUGUCAAAAAGAAAAACUAUUCUGAACCACAUAUUAAAACACAAACUACUUUGGAA